UCUCUUCGGCCCUAUUUGUUUUUUUUUACUUGUUUUCUUUCUUACCAUUGAGCAGUCUCAGGCUCUCAGCCCGCAAGAAGCGAAAUCGGAGAGGGACCUAUUUCGCAAAGAGAAAUGGGGGCAAAGGUGGCAGUCUACUUCUUGAUCGCCUUCGCCGCCGUCUGUCCGCUCGGAGCCCUUGCCGAUGGCGUUUCCCCGUCGGAAGCCAAGCAGCUCAGAGACGAGGUGCGUGAGAUGUUCUAUCAUGCCUUUGAUGGAUACAUGCAUCAUGCUUUUCCUCUUGAUGAACUAAGGCCCUUAUCCUGCAAAGGUGAAGAUACGCUUGGUGGUUAUGCCCUAACUCUAAUUGACUCCUUGGAUACACUGGCCUUACUAGGCGAUCGGGAGAGAUUUAGUGCAGCUGUUGAGUGGGUUGGUAAAAAUGUUCGGUUUGAUAUUGAUAAAACAGUUUCGGUAUUUGAGACCACCAUUCGGGUUCUUGGGGGUUUACUUUCUGCUCAUCUUAUGGCAAGUGAUUAUGCCACGGGCCUGAAGAUUCAAUCAUAUGAUGAUCAGUUGCUUCAUUUAGCUGUGGAUUUGGCAACAAGAUUGUUACCAGCAUUUGACACUCCGACAGGAAUCCCAUUUGGAUCAGUCAAUCUGGUGCGUGGAGUGGAUGAAAAUGAAAGCAAGAUAACAUCAACAGCUGGCGGUGGUACUUUGACGCUAGAAUUUGGGGUGCUGAGUCAUUUGACUAAUAAUCCUAUUUUCGAGCAGGUUACAAAGAAUGCAGUGCGGGGAAUAUGGGCCCGGAGAUCAAAAAUUAACCUUGUUGGGGCUCACAUCAAUGUUUUCACUGGUGAAUGGACUCAAAAGGAUGCUGGAAUAGGCACAAGUAUCGAUUCCUUCUAUGAGUAUCUUCUGAAGGCGUAUUUGUUAUUUGGUGAUGAGGAGUACUUAUUUAUGUUCCAGGAAGCUUACAAGGCAGCCAUGCACUAUCUCCAUCAUGAUCCUUGGUAUGUGGAAGUGAACAUGAACUCUGCUGCUACAGUCUGGCCAUUGUUUAACAGUCUGCAGGCAUUCUGGCCAGGGCUUCAGGUUUUAGCUGGAGAUAUUGAUCCUGCUGUUCGAACCCAUGCUGCUUUCUUUAGUGUCUGGAAAAAAUAUGGCUUCACCCCAGAGGGGUUUAAUCUUGCGACGUUGAAUGCUCAGUCUGGUCAAAAAAGUUACCCGCUGCGACCAGAAUUGAUGGAAAGCACAUAUUGGCUAUUCAAAGCGACUAGAGAUCCUAGGUACCUUGAUGCUGGGCGGGACUUUGUAACAAGCAUUCAAUAUGGUGCACGAUGCCCAUGUGGAUAUUGCCACAUAGCAGAUGUAGAGUCUCACAAACAGGAUGACCACAUGGAGAGUUUUUUCCUUGCCGAGACGGUCAAAUAUCUUUGGCUUCUUUUUGAUUUAGCUGUGGGCCCAGAUAACAUUGUUGAGAAUGGCCCAUAUAAGUAUAUCUUUAGCACAGAAGGUCACUUGUUGCCUGCUACUCCUGAAAUUUCUUUAGUAAGUGAGCACUGUUCUUAUUUUGGAGCUUUUUGCAAAGGUGAUGGAAUGCAUAAAUAUUGUGCAAUGGACACAAGAUUUGACUGUCAGGAGACAAAUGAUACUCAAUUUCAUGGUGACUGGGAUCCUUCAAUUGAACACCCCAAAGUACAGAAUUCCUUUUCGACCUCUGGUUUCAUCAAGGGUCGCUGCCCAGGACUGACACAUGGGCAGAAAUUUGGGAUAUUAUAUGUUGAGAAUGAUGAGAAUACUUAUGAACCCAAGUCCAUGGAUCACCCUCAAAAACAUUCUGUUGUUAUCAUCUCUAAUCCAACUGCGAAACAAAUAAUGGAUGCUGAUGAGGAUAAUACUAGCAGCAUCCAGGAGAUGAACCAGAAUUCAGAAAGAGUGGCAAAUCUCACAUAUAGCAAAGAGGCAGAAACUUUUAGUGAAGAAAUGCAACAGGUUGAUGAUACCAGCUGAGCAUUACUCUUCUCUUGUUGCCUGCUGAGUAAGAUGGUUAUGUUCCAUGAAUUUUCACUUUCAACAAAUGGCGGACAUGUCAUUGAGAUCUCUGACUUGCCUCGACAAAGCACUCGGAGAUAGGUUUUCUCAUAGCUGGCGCAUCAGUGAUAUCAUCACCUCCUGGCCUAUUAACUUGGCCCACAAGCAAUUGUGUUAUUUGGCUUAUCAAAACGGCCUACAAUCAGAACAUAUGGUCACAUCACUGAUUGGAACGUUGCCCAAAUUCAGCAUGCUACAAUUGUUAAAUUAAAUGAGAAAGAUAAUAUGAUACUCUAUUUAUACUGCAGGUACCAAUUAUAAGCCUUUCGGAUGGAUACAAACCCAAAGAUCAUGUUGUUAUUUGCUUUAGAUGACUGUAAAAGGAAUAGUGUACAUUUCAUUUUCAUUACAUUCUUUUGGAUUGCAAACAUGGUUACAGAAGAAUAUAUCAGACAUCAUGUUACCUUGUCAAUAUUAAUAUCAAUUUGUACA